AUGAAAUUAACAAAUCCGUUUUCAUUAACCAUUUGCAUUCUUUUAGCAACAAUAUUCAACAACAAUAAUAUCUUAUCUGUUGAUGCUCAAGUAAAUUGUAUCGCUACACCAAAUGAUAGUAGUUGCGUAAACUAUCAAUACCCAGUAUCCAAUGUAACACAAGACAUUAAUGGAUUAUGUAUGGAUAUGGAUUUUAUGCCAUUAUGUAGUGUUCAAAAGGAAUGCAAUAGCAUUGACAGCCAAACUGGUGUUUGCUACCCAUUCUCAAUCUUGGCCGACGGUUGCCAAUACGAUAUGCCAGGUAUGAAAGACUGCUCCAACUACAACCAAUUGUGUAGCAACACAUCUGUAGUCAAAGAGUGUACUGAACGUCAGGCUAUUGCCGGGUUACCCAAAACCACCCAACUCUCGCAAUACAUCUACAGUAUCUGUACGUCAAUGAGUAUGGAUGCAUGUUCACAAUGCACUAUACCAGCCACCAGUAGCUCGAUGAUCACUACCUGUGAUCUCUUGUCCGUCUACACAUCACUCUGUCAACAAAUGCCCGAUAUGAGUGAAUGUGCUUCAUGGAAGACCAUGUGUCAAAAUGGAGCAGUCCUCGGUAGCAGUGUCCUCUCUGAAGCCUAUUGCGAGGCACCUAUUGGCGAACAAAUCCCACUCAUGCGUAUGUUCUUCCAUACUGGCAUUCUCGACUAUAUCUUGUUUGAAACUUGGGUUCCCCGUUCCAAGGGUCAAUUUGCCGGUUAUUGGUUCCUCAUCUUUUUUGGUGCCAUCGUUUUCGAGUGUGAAAAGACUCUUCGUUCCAUACUCGAGAAACGUUGGGAAGCCGAGAAACAAAGACAAAAGGAUUUGACCAUGUCAGAUUCCACACCAACCGAUACCGUCUCGAUCAGUCAAGGAUUCUUUAAAGGUGAUUAUCCAAAGUUUAACCCAAAGAUUGAUAUUCUCAGAGGUUUCCUUCAUGGUUUCGAAUUGACACUCUCUUACCUUUUAAUGUUGGUUGCUAUGACAUUUAACGUUGCUCUCUUCUUUGCUGUCAUUGCUGGUACCGUAGUUGGUAAUAUUCUAGUUGGUCGUUACCGUAGUUUUAAACCAAAAGUAACUUGUUGCGAUUAA